AUGAACAAAUCCCAAGAACAAGUGUCAUUCAAGGAUGUAUGCGUAGACUUUACCCAGCAAGAGUGGCAUCUGCUGGAUCCUGCUCAGAAGAUGCUGUCCAGAGAUGUGAUUCUGGAAACUUACAGCAAUCUGGUUUCAGCCAGGUGUUGCAUUACUAAGCCAGAAGUGAUCUUCAAGAUAGAGCAAGGGGCUCGAAUAUUAGAGAAAGGAUUUCCAAGCCAGUGCCACCCAGAAAGGAACUGGAAAGUUGAUGACCUGUCAGAGAGUGGCCAGGAAAACCGACACAAGUAUUUUUGGGAGCUUGUGUUCACCAAAGACAAAACAAGAACACACACAGGAGAGAAGCCCUAUGAAUGCACCGAAUGGGGAAAAGCCUUUUGCCAGAAACCACACCUUAUCAACCAUCAGCAAACACACAUAGGAGAAAAGCCCUAUGACUGUAACCAAUGUGGAAAAAUGUUCUGUGUGAAGUCAAACCUCACUGAACAUCAGAGAACUCACACAGGGCAGAAGCCCUAUGAAUGGGAAAUCCUUCUGCCCCAGUCACAUCUCAUUGUCCAUCGAAGAACUCACACGGGAGACAAACCCUAUAAAUGUAGUGAAUGUGGGAAAACCUUCUGUGAAAAAUCAGCUCUCACUGAACAUCAGAGAAUUCACACAAGGCUGGAAGCACUGAAAACGCACAUCCACCGUGUUGACAGCAGCCAGCAGAGUGACUCACGUGGAGGCAUCGCAGGCUGCAUUGAGCUGACAGCUUGUCAAACCAAUGAAUGGGCAGGGAUGAUGUCAGAAGACCUUUCUGUCAUUGCUGCCUGCAGCUGGUCCUUAUUAUAA